AGCGAGGGAGGAUGAUCGGAUCCAACUUUUACUGACAUGGUGCAGAAAGCUUUGUCACUUUAUACUACAGUUAUUGUGAAAAGUGAGUUUACAAUGAUAAAUGUGAAAUCUCCGAAAGUGUCAAUCUGUAUAGAUAAUCAACUACUCCAUUUCCAUUGGAGACAGAAGUGAAUACUGACUUAAUGCUUCAAUCAAGAAUUAUUCAUUACCAAGGAUUGUAAAGAUUUCAACUUUACAACUGUCAGUCAUGAGAUUUCAAUCAAUACUCAGGUCAAAGACUGCCUCACUAAUCCUGAUCAUCCAGACUGCCAGCAGGUAUCAACAAACACACCAAUGGACCAAACAGAGCUCCAAAAGGGAAACAACCUGCACAAUUUAAUUCGAUCAAGGUCCCGUCGCUGUCCCUACAACAGGCAAAACCGUGGGAUGUACCAAGGAUUUCCUAAUGGCAAAGGCACAUCAAUGCAUUACAGUUCUACACCACUGUCCAGUGGUUGGGAAUGGCUAUUUGGCAAAGUGUUUGACAAUGGGUUAGGGUCAAAAGGCAGUGGGCUUGGCCAGAAUGGAAAUGGUCAAGGCUCAAAUGGACAAAAUGGGAAUGGUCAAGGGAAUGGACAAGGUGGAAAUGGUCAAGGGUUAAAUAGCAAUAUGAAUGGACAAGGUGGAAAUGAUCAAGGGUUAAAUGCCAAUGGGAAUGGACAAGGUGGAAAUGGUCAAGGGUUAAAUGCCAAUGGGAACGGACAAAGUGGAAAUAGUCAAGGGUUAAAUAGCAAUGGGAAUGGACAAGGUGGAAAUGGUCAAGGGUUAAAUGGCAAUGGGAAUGGGCAAGGUGGAAAUGCUAAUAGUUAUGAUGAAGAUAAAGAUGAAGAUGAUGAGGAAAGUGAGGAAAAUGAGGAGGAUGAGAAUGUUCAAAAUGGAAAUGGCCAAGGAUCAAACAGUAUUGCAAAUGGCCAAGGGGGUAAUGGUCAAGAGUCAAACAAUAAUGCAAAUGGCCAAGGAAGUGAUAGUCAAGGGGGUAAUGCUCAAGGGGCUAAUGGACAAGGGUCAAACAACAAUGGAUUUAAUCAAUAUGAAAAUGGUCAAGGAUCAAAUGGAAAUGGAUAUGGCCAAGGUGGGAAUGGUCAAGGGUCAGACUUCAAUGAUUAUGUGCAAGGGGGAUAUGGUAAAGGAUCAAAUGGCAAUGGAUAUGGCCAAGGGGGGUACGGUCAAGGGUCAAAUGGCAAUGGAUAUGGCCAAGGGGGGUACGAUCAAGGGUCAAAUGGCAAUGGAUAUGGCCAAGGGGGGUACGGUCAAGGGUCAAAUAGCAAUGGAUAUGGCCAGGGCGGGAAUGGUCAAGGGUCAGACUUCAAUGGAUAUAUCCAAGGGGGAUAUGGUAAAGGAUCAAAUGGUAAUGGAUACAGCCAAAGGGGAUAUGGUCAAUGGCAUAACAAUAAUGGAUAUGACCAAGAAGGCUAUGGACAAGGGUCAAAUGGUAAGGGAUAUGACCAAUCGGGGUACAGUCAAGGUUCAAAUGGUAAUGGAUAUGACCAAGGAGGAUAUGGUCAAGGGUCAAAUGGUAUUGGAUUUGGCCAAGGGGGAAAUGGUCAAGGGUCAAAUAGUAAUGGAUAUGGACAGGGGUCAAAUGGGAAUGGGUAUUAUCAAGGGGGGAAAGGUCAAGGGUCAAAUGGUAAUGGGUAUGGCCAAGGAGGAUAUAGUCAAGGGUUAAAUGGCAAAGAGGAUAACCAAGCAGGAUAUGGUCAAGGGUCUAACUUCAAUGGGUAUGGCCAAGGGGGGUAUGGUCAAGGGUCAGAUGUCAAUGGGUAUGACCAGUUUGGGAAUAUUCAAGGAUCAAACUCCAAAGGGUAUGGCCAAAGUGGUAAUAGUCAAGGAUCAAACUCCAAUGGGUAUGGCCAAAGUGGUAAUGGUCAAGGUUUAAGCUCCAGUGGGUAUGGCCAAAGUGGUAAUGGUCAAGAAUCAAACUCCAAUGGGUAUGGCCAAAGUGGUAAUGGUCAAGGAUCAAGCUCCAAUGGGUACAGCCAAAGUGGUAAUGGUCAAGGUUUAAGCUCCAGUGGGUAUAGCCAAGAGGGUUAUGGUCAAGGAUCAAAUUCCAAUGGAUAUGAUCAAGGAGGGAAUAGCUUUGGAAUGAAUAAUAAUAUGAUUAAUGCACAUGGUAAUGCACAAGAGGGCAGCCCCAAUCCGGCUAUAGAGUUACUGAAAAGGCAUUAUAGGAAAAGGGAUACGUCUUCUGAUGCAGCGUAUAUUUCAGCCAUUAAAAAACUAUAUUCUCGGAGACUACAUCCAGUUUUCAGGUACAGCCUUAUACGCCAAAGAACUAAAAAACCAUGAAAUAAUCCUACCUUCCUUUUGACCAUCUCCCUAUUGAUAGGCAUCUGGGGUUUGCCUCUUACAGAUUUGUACAUUUUAUAUUAUUAUCUUCAUGUAAUUAAAUAGGAAAAUGACAACCCUGGAUGACUUAAGAGAAUCAAAGAUUCAGAUGUGUCAAAAUGUUGUGUGCACUUUGGAUGAAAGCAAAAUUCUGCUUCUGUUAUCCUACAAUAUGCAAUUUUUCUUGCAAAUUCUCUCAAGUUACAGGGAUCUCCUCUGGUAUCUCAGCUGGCAUAAAUGGGAAAGCUCUUCUAAAUCAAGGCACCAAUAUCAUUAGCCACAACUUCUAAACAUACCUUGCCUUCAACACUCACCAGGCACCGCCUGCUGAACGCACGAGUUCAUUCCCUGAAAUAAGCUCCCCCAGCAAAGUCAUCACAUUCUGAUCACAAGGUCCUGUACAGUGCACUGGCUUCUGAAUAGAAAUAGAAAACCCCACCCAUAAAAUUCUUCUCAGAACCAGUUAAACCCAAGUCUAUCUGCCUCCAAUGUUCACACUCAAUUGUGUAUUGCUGUUAAAAGUUUAAAUUAUUAUAAUAUGUGAAAACAUUAAUAUGGAAAACAAUUAAACAAGAAAACAAGAUAUUUGAGUGUAUUUAAUAAUAUCUUAAAACAUACCUUUUCUCCCAUAUCCUUCCUUCUCCAUCCCAAGUUUAUUUGGGAGUUCCCCAGUACAGUUGCUGGAAAACACUGCGUUCAGUCUCCAGUGUGGGAUCACACUGGCCCCGACAUCUGAGACUAGCUAGCUGUGUACGAAACUGGGAAUCCCAAACAACUUUGCAGUUAGAAAGGGAGUUGGCAGUUCAGUGUUUUUGAGGGCAAGAUUCAGGCCAGCUGUCUUCCUAUUACUAAUAUUUUUUUUACCAGAAACGGGUGUGCAGCCUACCUAGACUUGGAUCAGCAACACUGAUCAUUUUUGCUGAAUUCACCUGAACUAGUGCUCAAUUAGAUCUCAUUCAAUCUCAAGCAGGUGGAAGUCAUACUGUUGACAUCGGCCAUUUCUUGAAUUAGAUUAUGAGAACACUCAGUCCUCUUUUAUUGUCAUUUAGAAAUGCAUACAUGCAUUAAGAAAUGAUACAAUGUUUCUAUGGCGUGGUAUCACAGAAAACAAGACAGACCAAAGACUAACACUGACAGAACCAUAUAAUUAUAACAUAUAGUUACAGCAGUGCAAAGCAAUUCCAUAAUUUGAUGAACAGUCCAGAGGCACAGUAAAAAAAAGUCUCAAAGUCCUGAGUCGAUCGACUCCCAAGUCCCCGAUAGCAGGCGACAAAAGGGAGAAACUCCCUGCCAUAAACCUCCAGGCACUGUCAACUUGCUGAUACCUUGGAAGCAGCCGACCCUGAGUCCAUCUGUCCGAAAACUCUGAGCUUCCGAACAGCCUCUCCGAUACAGCCUCCCCAGCGCCAUCCUCUGCCGAGCGCCUUCAACCUCUCCCCGGCCGCUGAAACACACAAAGCCGAAGAUUUCGAGGCCUUCAGCUCCAGAAAUUCCGGUUACCACACAGUAGCAGCGGUAGCAAAGCAGACAUUUCAGAAGUUUUCCAGAUGUUCCGCUGUGCACUCAUGUCUGUCUCCAUCAAAUCAGAAUUGUGCACGGUCCCCUACUUGACAGAUAACAGCUAUUCAUCACUGGAGAGGCCGCGUGCGCUGUCGUCGCGUCGCCAUCUUCAGAACAUUAUGCUAAACUGGUUAGUUCUCCCUGCAACAAUUUGUCACACAUGCUCCAGGCACAGAACACAGCCACUUCAGUUAUCUGGGACAGGGGCUUGGGCAUAUUAGCAAGUUUCCCAAACUCAUAUUGGCAGCACCAAGCCAAUUACAUUCUUCAGCUUAUAAGUGUUUCUUGGUUCUUGCAAAUACCAACUUCUGCAUCAACAUGUUAUCUCAAUGUUAAGGACAAUGGACAGGUCAGAUUGUUUUUCUGCAAUACUUUUUCAAUGUGAAAUAGAUUUUAUAUAUAUAUUAUGAGGUGGUCACAGAUUAAAAUAGAUGGCUCAAAUAUGACCAGUGGUGGGCAUGAGGAGAUCCCAUUCAUUUGUAAUGUUUUAUUUUGUUUCCUUUUCAAAUCAAAAAUAUUGAUUUCCAUAUUUAGAAGUUACAACUAUAAUCUAGAAUGUACUGCCCAAGAGGUCAGUGUUAGCAAAUUCAAACAAAAGUUUUCAAAAGGUGCUUGGAUAAAUCUUUAAAUGGGAAAUGUUUUGUUGGGCUGAGGAACAAAGAGCAAGGGACUCUGACUAACUGGAGAGCUCAUUCAAAGAAUAAGAUGGCACAUGUGUGCUACCUCUUGUACUAUCCAUUGUAUGCUGGAAUCCGCAAUGUGGCUGAGUAGUGGGGCUGGAUCCAAGGUGCUCAGGUUGGCUGCCUGACCAGUUCUAUUUGUGAGGCUAAUGCACCAUCUGAUCACCUGCUCACUCUGUUCUUUUCUUCAUCUACAAUGUCAUUUCAUGAAUAGAAGGUGUCUGAUGAUUCCUUCUGAUUGUUCCCAGUUACUUUUAUGAAUACCAUAACUAUAAUUUCAAUGUAAUA